AUAUCUACAGCAGACACAGGAGGACGUGGACAUGCUGAACAAUUCAAAUCACACAGCAAUGGAAAUCAUCCAUGACGAUGACCGUUAUGGCUCCUAUUAUUACCCAGACACUGACUAUGACUUUUUAAACUUCUCCCUACGGAAUAACUCCACAGACUUCAACGAGAAUGAUUCUGGCCUUUGUGAGGCUGAAGAUCAGGAGUUCAGCAUCAAAAUGUUCCAGACCUGCAUCUUCUGCCUGAUUUUCGUGUUGGGCGUGGUGGGAAACUGCCUGGUCAUAGCCACCUUUGCUUUCUCCCGCAGCUUCUAUAUUCGCUCCAUGACCGACGUCUUCCUGUUCCACCUGGCGCUGGCCGACCUUCUCCUGCUCCUCACACUCCCAUUGCAGGCUCUCGAUACGCAUCAGGGUUGGAUCUUCUCUAGUGGCCUUUGCAAGCUUCUGCGUGCAUGCUACGCCAUCAACACAUACAGCGGGCUACUCCUGCUAGCCUGCAUUAGUGUUGACCGCUACAUUGUGGUGGCACGUGCCCAACAGAUGCAACGGCAGCGCAGUCUGAUAGUAAAAGGCGGGAAAGUAGCCGCUGUUGCUGUUUGGUUAGUUGCUAUUCUCCUGAGCAUGCCUGAAAUCCUCUACUCUGGGGUGUCAGUGUCUUGGGAUAAAGCGUACUGCGGCAUGGUAACGCGCGGAACAGUCAAGAUGUCAACUAAUGGAGCCAUCAUUGCUGUCUUCUGCCUGUCUUUCUUCAUUAUGGUGACAUGCUACUCUUUGAUAGCUCAAGUGCUGCGGGAAGGGAAUGCAAAUCAGCGGGGCAAGCAGUGGCGUCAGCAGCGCACCCUGAAGCUUAUGGUGGCACUGGUGGUGGUGUUUCUGGUGUUCCAGCUGCCAUACACAGUUGUGCUGUCGAGAAAAAUGGCAGGGCCGUUCUGCGCUCUGCUGCUGGAGUACAUCACCUGCACUUUGGCAUACUCCCGAUGUUGCCUCAACCCCAUCCUGUACGCGCUGGUAGGUGUGCGCUUCCGUCACAAAGUGUUGAGGCUCAUGUAUGUUUUAGGAUGCCAGUGUGGGAUCCGGUCAGCGCAACAGACUGUGAGCUGCACCUCCACCUUCCCCACCUCACCUGCUCUCACUGUGCUUGCUCGCCAGCAGUGCCGCCGCUCCCAUAACGCGCAUUACGCGCUGUGCGUAGGGCACCAAGUGUCGAGGGGGCACCACCAAAAAUAGCCUAAUGAAAAAUCGUCAUAAUAAUUAUAAGGCCGAAAUUAUUUCAGUAGACUAUAGAAAUAUGAGGCACUUUUUAGGCAUACUACUCAAAGGUACCGAUGGUGCCCCCCUCUCCCCUCCCCUCCCCACUCACUCAUCACAACUCAUAAUGUUUUUUUAUUGGGGGGGGGGGGGGGGGG